AAAACAGGAAGUAGGUUUCUGAAAGCAGCAAGCCAGCUUUCGCUUUUAUUGAAAAAUAACUAUCAUAGUUUGCAAAAACUCACAAAAUUGGGAAAGACUGUGGAUCAAAUCCGCCAAUCUAAAAAGACAGUCCUUUUUAAUUCCACUGUGGGAAAUACGGUUAUCUUUUAAGCUUGUUUUCGCUAAGUUAGCAUUAGCUGUUUAGUCACCCAUCGGUUUACUAGCCACAUAGGCUCUUCAGCUCGGUUCAGCUAGCUAGGUAAAUAGCUACAUUUCGAAUUUCCAGGCAACAAUGGAGGGUCUCGAAACGAUGUACGAGGAUCCUAAUGCCGUGGACUUCAUUGACUGUGCUGUCUGCACCAAAUCCAUAAGGGGUGAUACCCUGUAUAAGAUUCACCUGACUACAAUACAACACAUCAGGAAAGAGGACACCCUGGUUGCUACUGGACAAGCUACCAGGGAUCAUGAGGUACCACAUUUCACGGAUAUCAAACACUACUUGCGAUACCUGAAGCUUGAUGAGCCCAUCAUCGGUUUGAGUGUUCUGGACGAGGUGGAGCCGGUCUCCCGUGACGGUCAGCCUGGCCCCAGAUACAUCUGCAGAAUGUGCGAUCUGGAUGCAACCUUACCCAACAUGGUCAAUCAUAUAAUUGGUCGAAAACAUCGACAGAAAUACCUGGAGGUGAAAAGGAAAGACUUGGUGACAUGGGACAGUACCAGUAUCCUGUCUCAAUCAGGGAAGGCUAUACGGGCCAAGGCGGAGAUUGUGGAAAGACAGGAUGGGCAAGGAAGUCCAAAGCCUUUGAGGAAAAAACGAAAUGUGGGCAAGUUGAACAUUUCAAGAGCACCCCCGAAAGAAAGAGGGGCUCAGAAUCAGCCAAAACCAACACUUGCUCGUCCAUCAGACAUGAGGCGGGAAGGGCGCCUGCAUCCAGGGAGGAUGGAUUUGCCUUGCGGGGAGUACCACCACAGAGGAGGCCAUGCUGAAGAUGAUCUAUAUAGAUCCCCCUUCCAUGAAGACGAUCCUUACUUAUUGGCCGGUGCAGCGCGAGAGGCCUACUUGAGGGGCGGAGACCUCAGUCUGCGUGGUUUUGAGGAAGACGGGCUUCGUAGAGCAAGUGAUCAUGAAGAUGACCUUCGUAGACGGGAGUUUAUGGAGGAUGAGCUUCGUAGAAGGGACCACUACCUUGAAGAACAAAUCCAUGGUCAGGAUUAUUUGGAGGACAUGCGUAGACGAGAGUUCUUGGAGGAGGGUGAUACAAGGCCAGGCCACCCAGAGGAAAUCCCUCAUCGCCAAGCAUACCCUGAAGAACCUCCACGCAGGAGCGUCUACCUGGAGAAUGAUCCUCUCAAGCAGUUCUAUUCUGAGGAGGUUCUCCGUAGAACAGCUCAUGCUGCUGAAGCUUCUAAGGAGCGGGCCUUUCGGGAAGAUGAAUCACCACAUGGGAGGCGCUAUCCUCAUGGUCCGGCCUAUCUGGAGGAAGUUCCUCCCGAACGAGAAUAUCUGGAGGAAGUGCCUUCCGAACGAGCCUAUCCUGACAAAGCUCCUCUUUGCUUUGAACACGCCCAUGGAAGGGCAGCCCACGGACCAUCUGUUCAUGAAGACGCUUACUCAGAGGAUCACCGUAGAAGCGGAUAUCUUGAGGAGGAGGAGGCGCAACGCAGGGCGUACCCUGAGGAGGAACCGCGUGGGCCAGCCUAUCCAGAAGGCAACCCUCAUAGGCGAUCUCUCGACAGGGAUCCAAACGGCCGUGGCUACCCCAAGGGGCCAGAUAGGCAAGGAGCUGCUGACCAAGAUUUGAGGUUCGCAGAUCAAAUGGCGGAACCAAUGGAGACAGGGGGUCAAAGCAGCAGGGAGCAUUUGUUUGACCUUGUCAAGGCCAUUCGUCAGGAGGGGAGGGGUCCGCAUCAUCCAGAGGCAGAGCGAGGGAUGGGACCACCAGGCAUGAGGGGGCCUCCUCAGAGGCCAGCAGAGGGCGGCAGAGUGAGAACAGAGAUCCCAGAACCUUUCCGGCGCUUCCUGGAAGGAGCCACAGAUGACCACAAGAGCCCCGGGAAACGGAAGAGAAAGAGCAGGUUCUCCGAUGCCACAGAACAGGAGCGGGACGUGGUGAAGAAAAUGCAAGUUGAUGACAAUAGAAGAAGGAUUGAACCUUUUGCCAAGCCACAGGGUGGCUAUCAGGGAGGAGCAGGCUCCAGACCGAUGGCAGAGGCAACUCCAGACACUGGGAAUGUUUUGGAUGAACUGAAUAACAUACAGGUUGAGAAUGUGGAAGAGGCCAACUUCCUGAAGGACAAGCUGUGUAACCUUCUGAAAGAGUUCCAAGCCAAAAAAUCUGAGAAGACAGCGGUAGUGCCUGCGUACAAAAGCCCAGGUCCAACAGUAAUUUCCAAAGACUACAAUCACAUGAGCAAGGAUCACCUGGAAAGUCCCAGAGACAACUAUGAAAGAAACUACAGAGAGGUGCAAGAGGAGAGACAUUACGAAGGCCAUCCUCCCAGACGCUCACAGGAACGCUACACUCCAGAGACCCUACAGGACCCUUACAGAGGGAAACACAGAGACAUAGACCAGAGAAUGGAGAGGAGAGCCCAAUACGAAGAGGUCUUUGGGCAUGUUGACAUGUACUCACAAUCUCAUGAUCGUCCAGAGGAGCCAAUGGCAUACCCCCACGAGAGGUGGCAGGGGCCGAUGUACCCUCGUGAUUACCCACCUGCAGAGGAUCUUUUCAAUCCUGCACCCCCAACACACUGGGAGCGGGGGUAUAGGAUGGGCGGCCCUCAGUCCACCAGCCUAGACAAAAUCACCUCCACCCUCCUGGAACUUGUGGCAAGGAAAAAGUGAUUUUACAGUAGAACCACCAUGUGCAAAAAUAUUUGUAUUGAUCUGAGCUCAAUUGUAUUUCUGUUGUAUUUUGCUUUUGAAAUGUUUCUUCACUUCUAUUUGCUUUGUAAUUGUUCAUGCUGAAGGCUAGUUUUAAGAUAACGUUAAAAAAAAAAAAAAAAGGUUUUGUAGCAAUUGUUUGACAUUAGUAAUCAGAAAACUUGCUUUGAACUGUGUAGACAUGUUGUUGAAAACUAAUUUCUUUAGAAUAAAAAAACACAGCAUUGUAACUGACAAUAAAACAUUUGUGACCACAAAUUAGUUCUGAUUCGAAAUAAAAGAAAAAUAAAUGUUC